AUGGAAGUUCUUUACUACCUCGUGGUGAAUACAUGCCCUCCAACAGCAAGACAACCUUUGAAUAUAACAGCAGUAUAUGGACAUGACAUCAUGCUUUACUGCCCUGUUGCUGGUUUCCCUAAAUCUUCUACCUCAUGGUUACAUCAUGGAUCACAUAUAAAGCCACCGGAAAUUCAAGAAUUUCAUUUUCCAUCUAAUUUACAAGAAGGGAAUAGAGCUCAUGUUUCGUGUACAGUAAUUUCGGGCGACUUACCAAUAAAAAUUAAUUGGCUAAAAGAUGGAAAUCCUCUCCCCAAUGAACCUGCUGUACAAGUUCAACACCAUCAAUUUGUUAGUGCUUUGCUUUUCAGUAAUUUAGCUGCUCACCAUUCAGGUUUUUACACAUGUGUGGCCAAAAAUGGCGCAGCACAAGCUAAUUUCACAUCAAAACUAGUCGUCAGAGUUGCACCAAAAUGGAUCACAGAGCCUAUUGAUACCAUUGUGCUUUACCAUCAUUCUGCAAGUAUCCAUUGUCAAGCAUCAGGUUAUCCUCCUCCAAAAGUUGCAUGGAAGUUUUCUAAAGGUUCUAAUCCUAGCCUAAGUAACAAAUUGGCAAAAACUGAUUUUGUACAACAAAUCGAAAAUGGAUCUGUUAUAAUUAAAUCAGCAGAACUUGAUCAUACUGGCUAUUAUACAUAAGCGCCUGAUGUUCCUAAGCAUCUAGAAGUUUUUGAAAUAGGAAGCAGAUGGGCUAAUGUUCAUUGGGAGCAUCCAGAUGAUUCAGGUAGUAUUGUAAAGAGCUACAUACUGCAGUUUAGAGAAAAGCACCUACACAGCCAGUGGAAUAAUUUAACUAUUAAUGGUGAAAUGAAGAGUACAAGACUGGGAACAUUGUUACCAAACACUUUAUAUGAAAUAAGAAUAAUGGGAACUAACAAAGUUGGAACUGGUGAAGCGAGUGAUAUUAUUACUUUUUCUACUCUUCAAGAAGGUAAAAUAAACCAUUUACAAAACUAA